GUCGGCACACCAACAGAACAUGUCAAAGUCCAACAAUGACACCUAUCAAAUUCGCCUAUGUUAAGCAGCCCAAAAGCCAACCUUGAUCAUAUUCUAUUAUUUUCUAAAGACCAAAGUACCAAUCUCCAAACCUCAAAUGGCAACUGGAUCCACCAUAGAAACCUUGCAUGAGGAAUGUGUUUCAGAAAUUCUAUCUCACACAUCUCCACCGGACGCAUGUAGAUUCUCCAUGCUCUCCUCAACUAUGCGCUCAGUGGCUAACUCUGACAUGCUCUGGCGUAGCUUCUUACCCUCUGAUUACUCUGACAUCAUCUCAAGAACUCUUAAUCCUCUCUCCCUCAAUUCAUCAUCUUCAUUCAAGGACCUCUUCAAAGCUCUUUGCAAUCCACUUCUCUUAGAUGGUGGCACCAUGAUUUUCAAAUUGGACAAUUUUUCUGGCAAAAAAUCCUAUAUUCUUUCUGCAAGAGAGCUAUUGAUAACAUGGAGCAGUGAUCCAAUGUAUUGGACCUGGAAACCAAUGCGUGAAUCAAGAUUCCAAGAGGUAGCUGAGCUAAGAACUGUGAGCUGGUUAGAGAUUCAAGGCAAAAUCGGGACACAGAUUCUAACACCAAACACGUUGUACUCUGUUUACCUCAUCAUGAAUGUCUCACACCGUGGUUACGGCCUUGAUUCUGCGCCGUCUGAGGUAUCAUUGACGGUGGCGAACGACGUCGUGCACACCAAGAAGGUGUAUCUGUGGAAGAAAAAUGAGAAGAACAUGUGUGAGAAGUAUACCCUGUUUCGCGGGUUCCGUAGGGAUGUUGCUGGAGAGACGUUGAUCAUUCAAGAUCAGAAAAAUCCAGGUCCAUUGAAGUUAUUAUGGAGGUGGGUUAUCAGUUGAAGGGAGGGCUUAUAGUUGAAGGCAUUGAAGUAAGACCUAAGCAAGUUUGACUAAACAAGAUCAAGGGUAUAGGGAAAGUUAAUCCUUGCUUGUACAGUGUGAGAAUUAAUUACUUGAUUUUAGCCAUAGAAGCUGCCAUGUAUAAUUGCAAAUAGCUCGGAAUAAUUGGGGGGAGAAUUGUUUUUUUUUUUUUUCAAAAUUAUAGAGUACAAGCGCCAAAAUAAAACAUACAAACUGAAAAAGAAAAAUAAUAAAUGUUAGAAUAAUUAAUCCUUCACAUGAAAGAGUUUCAUUUGUGCAAGAAAGAGUUAUGGUUUUUUAAUUGACCAAUAUCUUCUUCUUUUUUUGGAGGGGAGGGUGGUUUUUAAUUUUUUAUCCUUUGC